AUGCAUUCGUUGGGAUCUAGCGAAGAUCUCGACUUCGCAAGCAAACUAUCUGGUGAGAUUGACAAGUUACUUGAAGUAAGCUCAGAUCCUCACGAAGAUGAUAAAAUUUUUAAAGUUCAAUAUGAAGAACUACACAUGUUUUCUACGAGUGAAGGUAUUAUAAUUAAUAUAACUAAUGAAUCUGAAGAUAUGCAAUUAGAUUUUGAUAAUAAAUUUGAAUCUAAUGAACUUGAAUUAUUAUUAUCUAAUAAUGAAUAUGAACCUAAAAUAUUAUCAUCUGAUAUUGAAUCAAAUUCAAAAUUAGAAAAAAUACUUGAAACUAAUAAUGAACCUGAAAUAUUAUCAUUUGAUAUUGAAUCAAAUUCAGAAUUAGAAGAAAUACUUAAAACUAAUAAUGAACCUGAAAUGUUAUUAUCUAAUAUUGAAUCAAAUUCAGAAUUAGAAGAAAUACUUAAAACUAAUAAUGAACCUGAAUUAUCAUCUGAUGUCAAAUCAAAUUCAGAAUUAGAAGAAAUACUUGAAAAUAAUAAUGAUUUUAUAGAAUAUUUUUCAGAUGAUUCUGGUAAUAUUUAA